AUGGAUGAUGAAAUCGCUCAUACAACAGAACAAUGGUUUCAUUCAACGUUUCUUGUUCUAAACGAAUCUUAUCAAAUUGAUUUGCGUCGAAUUUUAUCACCAAAUACAUUUGAAUUAAUACAUAUAUUGAGCGAUUUUUAUAUGUAUGAUUAUGUUAGCCUAUUUGUUCAUUUACUCGGCCUAACAUCACAUUAUUUGACAUCAACAUCUUUUGUUUAUGCUGAUAAUCAACUAAGACAUAAACUCAAUCUGCAUUUAUUAUUAGUUGCUCGAACAGGUAAAAAAAAAAAAAAAGUGAAAAUAAAUAUGCCUUGA